AUGACGAUAAUGGUUCCCGCAAUGGCGCUGGUCUUCCUGGCGAACCUGCUGAUCCUCACAGCAGCAGGAGCAGAGUUCGUUCGUGAUCUAGAAGUAUCAGAAGGCGCGCCAGUAGGAACAAAAAUCGGCUUCAUUGGAGACGGGGCAUCUCUGGACAGUGGACCACCCUAUCUCAUAGUCCCGGUAGGAGUCGCCGUUGACUCAGACCUUUCCAUAGACCAGAACACCGGUGAAAUAAGGACGAAAGUACCCCUAGAUCGAGAAACUCGCGCCAGUUACUCCUUAGUAGCGAUACCGAUGAGUGGCGAUAAUGUGAAAGUUGUAGUGAAAGUUUUGGAUGAAAACGACAAUGCCCCCAAAUUUCCCUCGUCCCUAAUGAAUAUAGAAUUCCCAGAAAACACUCCCAGGGAUGUGAAACGAACUUUACACCCAGCUAGGGAUUUGGACUUGGACAUCUUCAAUACACAGAAGUACAACAUAAUAUCAGGAAACACAAACAACGUGUUCAGGUUGUCAUCCCACAGAGAACGUGACGGAGUAUUAUACCUAGAUCUCCAAAUCAAUGGAUUCUUAGAUAGGGAAACUACUCCGUCAUAUAGUUUAGUAAUCGAAGCUCUGGAUGGAGGAACUCCUCCUUUGCGUGGUGAAAUGACGGUCAACAUCACUAUUCAGGACGUCAACGACAACCCUCCAGUAUUCAACCAAAGCCGGUAUUUCGCUACCAUUCCCGAAAAUACCACCGUCGGGACCAGCGUCCUCGAGGUGAUAGCCACCGAUGGGGAUGCUGAACAAAAUGGCCAAAUCGAAUAUUCGAUCAAUAGACGCCAGAGUGACAAGGACAACAUGUUCCGCAUAGAUCCCUCCUCAGGAGUGAUAUUUGUCAAUAAACCAUUAGAUUUCGAGAUGAAAGAGCUCCACGAGCUGGUCAUCGUAGCCAAAGAUCAUGGCUUGCAACCAUUGGAAGCUACCGCGUUUGUUUCCAUCAGAGUGACCGACGUGAAUGACAACCAGCCCACCAUUAACGUCAUCUUCCUGAGUGACGAUGCUACUCCUAAAAUAAGCGAGUCGGCUCAGCCAGGAGAAUUCGUCGCCAGAAUAAGUGUUCAUGAUCCUGAUUCCAAAACCGAUUAUUCUAACGUGAACGUUACGCUGAGCGGCGGUGAAGGACACUUUGGGCUCACCACUAGGGACAACAUAAUCUACUUGGUUAUCGUUUCGCUACCUCUGGAUAGAGAGCUGCAGCCCAACUACACAUUGGAUGUGGUGGCCACAGAUACCGGAACGCCACCUCUGCAUGCUUCUAGGACCAUCAACCUCCAUAUAACUGACAUCAACGACAACGCUCCCGAAUUCGAGCAGAGAACGUACAAUGCCAACGUGAUGGAAGUCUCUGAUCCGGGUACCUCGGUGAUCCAAGUCGUUGCGACUGAUAAGGACGAGGGAAAUAACAGUGCGAUUACGUAUUCUCUUGUGGACUAUCCGGAAAACCAUUCCGGGUGGUUCCACAUAGACGCUAGAAGCGGGUUAGUGACGACGCGUGCUCACGUCGAUUGUGAGACUGACCCAUUACCUCGGUUGACAGUUGUCGCAACAGAUAAUGGGUUUCCUCCUCUAAGUUCGUCCGCGACAGUGUUAGUGACCAUUCACGAUGUGAACGAUAAUGAACCCAUCUUCGAUCAGAGUUUCUACAAUGUAACUGUAGCUGAAAAUGAGGCAGAAGGUCGCUGUAUAAUAAAGGUAGGUGUACUCGGUAUAGAAGUACGCUAG